ACCUCUAGAUAUCACGAAGUAGCUCAGGAUUAUGAACAACUUGUAAAAGAUGAUCCAUUGGACAUUCAAGCAUUAGCUGGACUUGUAGCAUCAUAUUCUCAAUAUGAUGUUAAUAUUGCUGAAAAAUAUGAAGCGGAAAUUGAUGUAGAAUCUCUUGAAAAAGUUGUAUCUGGUGUGAAAAAAAGUUACAUCAAAAAAGCUGAUACUAAAACAAUUGAGAAACAAACGAAGACAACACCUAAAAAGAAAAAGAAGCGUAAACCUUUGUUACCAAAAAACUAUAAUCCAGAUGUACCAUCAGAUCCCGAACGUUGGUUACUUAAACCAAUUAAUGAAAGGUCACAAAGUGUUGCAGUUGCUGGAGGUGGUAUCGGAGGUACAGGAAGUGCUAAUAUUGCCAGAAAGAGUAACGUAACGUCAACUGAGACAGUUGUUACUUCAAAACCAGAACCGCCUGUGUCUACUCCAAAACCAAAAGUUGGUGGUGAUAAGAAAAAGAAAGGAGGUAGCAAGUUGUGA